UCAUAUGAUGCUCAAAUUGCUCCUUACAAGGAACCUUCUUCACAUCCUGUGGGAAGAUUGAUAAGUUCGAAGGCGAGAACUUUUGCUUGUGGCAAAAAAAAGACGUAUUUUCCUCUUGCGACUCUCAAAGUGGUGUAAGUACUCUGUAUCUUGAAAGUGAGUUGGAGGUGGAAGAAGUUGGCGAUGAAGAAAGAAAGAGGCGUCUUUCAUAAAUGAUGAAAUGGGAGAACGACAACUAUUUUUGUGUAUGUCACACGUAUAAUGAUUUCUCUGACUCGCUAUUCGAUAUUUACAAACUAUAUGAUAAUACUUUAGAUCUUUGGAUGCAUUAGAGGCCAAAUAAGUAAAUGUCAUAUUUGAUCACUGAGAUUACUAAAUCAUGUCAUGGUUAAUCACUAGAAAAAAUUAAUAUCAAUUUUGGCCACUUGAAUUACUGAAAUAGAUCACAUUUAGUCACUCUCCCGUUAGCCUCCGUCUAACUCUGGUCUCUUGAAUUACCUUCUUUUUUUAUGAAUGUCACUCAAAUUACUGAAAUAUGUCACAUUUAGUGGACGGAAACUAACGGGAGAGUGACUAAAUGUGACAUGUUUCAGUAAUUCGUGUGACCGAAAUUGAUAUUAAUUAUUUCUAGUAACUAAACAUGACAUGAUUUAUUAAUCUCAGUGACCAAAUGUGGCAUCUACCCGAGACCAAUUUACGAUGGAUGAGCUAUCUAGCAAGAAGUUUCUUGUAAAUAAUUUCUUUUAACACUUACAAAAUAGCAAUUUCUGAGAAUGAUGUGGUUUGGUGGAUGGACUCUGGAUCUAAUAAGUAAGGACCAUAAACAUGUUCAAGAAUUUCAGGUGUGUCGGGCCUGCUUCAAUGGGCUUUGAGAACCUGACAUAGCUAUUGGGCCAGCGGUACUGUUCUCAAUGCCAGGUCUCUCGCAUUUCCGUAGCCAUUGCUGAAUAUUCGCGAGUCGUCAGCACGGAUGGAAAGUGGAAAGAUUGCUUGACGCGAAAAGGUCAUUUCCAAAUUGAUCGAAACAAAGCUAAGUAUCCAUGGCUGGGAAGUAAGACAGUUUUGAAGUAAACAGCCAAUGGCUGUGAAUGAUGUAACCAAUGAUGCAAACUCACCAAACCUUGGCCGGAGAUCCGGUCGAUCAACUUUUCCUUGUAAACGAAAGCCAACAUUACAAGCGACAGAAAGCAACUGAAUAAACAAAACAACCCAUGAUGUAAUCUGGAGAAUUAUUUAUUCAUCGAGAAGCAACCAAAUGAAAGUGGGUGGUAGUGGUAGGUGAAUCAAAUCGGCCGGCAGAGGAGAAGAGAGAAAAAAAAAAUGGCAGGCCUAUUCGACAAGCAAUCGGAUCUGUACCUCGACGCCCGGCCCACUUACCCGCCGGAAUGGUACUCCAACCUCGCUUCCCACUCCCUCCUCCACUCCCUCGCUUGGGACGUCGGCACCGGCAACGGCCAAGCCGCUAUUGGGGUGGCGGAGCAUUACGACCAAGUUAUCGGAACCGACGCAAGCGAGCCCCAGCUCCGCCGCGCAAUCCCGCACCCGAAGAUCCGCUACCUCCACACUCCGCCGUCUCUCCCCGACGACGACCUGGUCUCCCUCGUCGGCGGGGAGAACUCCGUCGAUCUGGUCACGGUCGCGCAGGCGGUUCACUGGUUCGACCUCCCGAGGUUCUACGCCGUGGUUGGCCGGCUGCUGCGGAAGCCCGGCGGGGUCAUCGCCGUGUGGUGCUACAACGACAUCGUGGUCUGCCCGGAGUUUGACGGCGUGUUCAAGAAGUUCCACGACACUACGCUGCCGUUUUGGCACCCGAGUAUCCGCCACGUGUUUGAUGGGUACAGAAACCUGCCGUUUCCGUUCGACCCGGUUGGGUCCGGGUCCGGGUCCGGUUCGGGCGGGGAAGGGCGGCCGGUGGAGCUGGAUAUACCGAAGGAGCUGUCGUUCGAAGGAAUGGUGAGGAUGGUGCAGUCGUGGUCGGCGGUGAUUACGGCGAGGGAUGAAGGAGUGGAGUUGCUGCCGGAGAAUGUUGUGAAGGAGAUGGAGGUUGCGUGGGGCGGGGCGGGUUUGGUCCGGCCCAUUGUUUACAAGGCGUUCAUGCUCAUUGGCAAGAUUAAUCUCUCUAAUUAAUUCAACAAAGCACUCUUUUUCUUUUAAUUAGUGCAACUAUGAGAGUGUAUGUUGGUAAUAAUUAUGGUGGAGUUUGUAAUCGCAUGAUUAACUUAUUGGACUUAAUUCCAAAAUAAAAACUUAUUGGAUUUAAGAGAUUUUUUCAAUAAUAGCACCUAUUAAAAAAAAUUACAAAAAUAGCAUCCAGCCCACAAAAUUUACAAAAAUAGCACCAUUUUUAUCAAAUCGCACUUCCAAGGUGCGUUUUAUAGUUAAACCACACCCUCCAUGUGCGUUUUAUGUAUAAACCGCACCUUGGAGGUGCGUUUUGCGCCACGUCAGACUGGAAACUGCACCAGGAAGGUGCGGUCUGUGUUUCCUCGGGAGCAGGCUUGGAGACCGCAGGAUAAGGCAGCGAUCCAGUGGCGGACCGCUUGCCACCUCAGUGAUCCUUGCCACGGAUCGAAGACCGCAGCUGGCAGGUGCGGUCAGCACCUCGAUCAACUCAAACCGCAUCGGGAGGGCGCGGUUUCUGGCUGGGCUAAAUUACCAGACCGCCCCUGGAGGGUGCGGUCUGAAGGGUAUAAAUACCCUCUCCCCCCCCCCCCUCAUUUUUACACACCACAACCAUUCUUCACUCUCUCUCUAGAAUUAUCUCUCUAACCCCUCCCCUCCCAAAAGGCUAGGAAAUAGUGGUCUGUUGGUUGCGGCUAAGUCCGAUCUGCCAUCAGAAAACAUUUCUUUGGUUUUUCCCUCCAAACCCGCCGAAUUUAUGUCCGACUUUCACGAAAAAAUGGACGAGUGGUUCCAAGGAGAGGGAGUUUAUUAUGAUGAAUUUCAAGCGGUACGUACUCAUUAUUUUGGUCAAUUUUUGUUUUUGUUAUGAGCUUUUUAAUUAUCUAUGUACUAACCUUGUUGUUAUUCUCUCAUAGGUUGGGGACGACGUGAAUAUAUACAACCAACGGUACUAUUUGGAUCAAGGGCCUAUUGAUCCAACCGACUUGUACGACCAACCCAACCAUCGUUCAAGGGAUAUUUGGAACGAUCACCCGAUACAUACAAUUCUUCAUCAUUUAUCUUUCUUUUAUUUUGCUAAUGUACUUAGUGGAAUAUAAAAUAAAUUUGAAAUAAUUUAAUAGUAUUGGUUGUUUUCAAUAAUUUAAUCGAAUACAUAGCGCCACUUACUUCGACUCUUUAUAAAGAGAUGCACGUCUAAGAAAAUUGGGUUUUAAGCAUUAUCAUGAUCCUCCCAUUUCCUGGGAAAAUCGGGUAUUAAGAGAUCUUCGGAUCCCCCCUUUUUCUGUCAAAAAGGCUGCGUUUCCAAGAAGAUGUAUACCUCUUCUAAGAGUCUAACGAGUGUUGCAUUGUAUUCGAUUAAAUUAUUUAAAACAACCAAUAUGAUUAAAUUAAUUACCAAACAACCAAUACGAUUUGUGUUUAUGUGUACUUAAAUGAAUUUUAUUAAUUUCA